AUGUACAACCCUUACCAGCCUCCGGGCAUGUAUGGCUCGUACCCUGGUGCCCCGCCGGGCAUGGCGCCGCCUCCAGGGAUGUCUGCCCCCGGGACCACUCCUCCGCCAGGCGUGCAGCAGAACAAUAACCAGCAGUCUGGCCGCCCGGCCGGCUUCCCGGCCAAUUUCCAACCGCCCCCGAACAUGUCGAACAUCAACUUCUCCGCGCCGGUCAUCCGACUCGGCACCUCCGGCCCUGCGAAGCCUGCCGCGCCGGAGAUGGGUCGUGAACGUGGGUCGGAGGGUCAGGGACGACGUGCAGGUCUCGGAUCGGGGGGCGCAGACUACCAGCGUCACCAUGCUCGGGAUACAAUGAUGCAGCUGCAGCCCCCUACACGGGACGAAAUCGUGCGGACACUGUUUGUGGGCGGAAUCACGGAGGGCGCGGGCGGUGAUGAUGGCGUUGAGCGGAUCCUGCGCUCAGCAGGUAACUUGCGCCGAUGGAUUCGCGCCACGGAUGCCGACGAGAAGCCAUGCCGGUUUGGCUUUGCCGAGUUUGAAGACCCUGAGAGCCUUGAAAUUGCGGUAGAAGUCUUGAAAGACAUCGAGGUCCCCGUGAAGCGACAAGAGCCGCGUGCGGAGAAUGAUGAGGAGACGGAAGUUGAGAAGAGCAUGCUUCUGGUUAUUGUCGACGAAAGCACCAUGACCUAUCUGGAGAACUUCGGGGCCACCCGAGGCGAACGUGAUCCUACGGAGCUUCAGGCGCGCUUUGAUACAGCUCGCGCCAAUUUGAAGAGCGUCUUGUCUGAUCUUUCCCACCCAGUCAGCCCCACUCAGAAGGAGGAUAUUUCUGCCAUCGAUCGGGAUGGCGAUAUCGACAUGAAGGACGGUGAAACUGGCAAGGACGGCGAGAUCGUUACCAUCCCAAUCAGUGUCGAAGACGAACUGGCCGACAUCCCGCCCGAACAGCGCGAGAGUGUGGCCAAGGAGAUCGCUGCAUUCCGCGAACGCAGCAAUCGUCGAGAUAUCGAACGGCUCAAGCGCGAGGAGGAGAUCGAGUCCAUGGAGCGUGCGCGGAACUCUGGCUCCCGGAUCAGCCGUCUCGCUUCUCCCCCGGCUUCAGCUCCGAGUGGACCUGCUGGCGGCGCAAAUGGCAUUCCUCUGGGCCCGCGUGAUCGUAGCAUGCCGAACGCCCCGGCCGGGCCGAAAGGAUUUGGUGUACAGAUUCCUAAAGAUUACCAGAAAGGAGUAUCGUUCGUCAAUGGCGGAUCCAUCAAUGGGGCUCAGGUCUCUAUUGAUCGUGAAGACGAAGAUUCAGAUGCCAGUGACGAGGAGCUUGAGCGUCGUCGCCAGGCGAAACGCGAUGCUGAGCAGGAGAAACAAUUUCUCGACCAGGAGCGCCGGUGGCUCAACCGGGAACGCAGCCGAACUGCCGCCCUUGAGCGGGAGAAGAAGCGUGAUAAGGAUGAAGAUGGGAAGUUGCAAGAUGCUCACGAUGAGAUGGACCAGCGACUAAGGGAGUGGAAUGACGACAAUGAGGCUAGCCGAAAAGCAAGCGAAUAUUACGCCGAUCGCGGUGCCUGGUUGCGAAGCCGUGCCGCUUUCCGGGCCCGCGAAGUGAGCAUGGAUGAGGCUGAUCGUUCUGCGGAAGAGCGUGAGCGGGCUCGCUCUGCUCAGCAGCAAGAGCAGGCUCGCGGAAUGGCCGACGACUUCCUCGCCCGCCAGGCCCAGGAGCUGGAGACCCGUACACAGGAGCCCGAACCUCGCGAGGAGCCCCAACGCUUCAAGCUGUCUCUCGGCGCUGCUGCCCAGAAAGCCCAGGCCGCGACCAACCGCCGCACCGUCGCCGAAGUCGAGGGCUUGUUGGAGGAUGAGGAGGAACCCGCAGGCACUACUCGCCGGCAGCUUAUCCCCAUCAAAUUCGAUUCUGCUGCCGAAGCUGCGGGCCUGUCGGACGAAGAACGCGCUCAGGCGGCUCGUCAAUUGGCGGCCGAGAUCCCUGCCGACAAGGACGGACUGUGGAAAUGGGAGAUCAAAUGGGAGUUUGUGGACGAGGCAGUCAUCACUGAUCAGCUCAAACCGUUUGUGGAAAAGAAGAUUGUGGAAUACUUGGGUGUGCAGGAACAGAUGCUGGUCGAUGUGGUAGAGGAGCAUGUGCGGAAGCAUGGCACUCCUCAGGAUCUUGUGGAGCAGUUGGAAAUGGCAUUGGACGAAGAAGCCGAAGUGCUGGUCCGCAAGCUCUGGCGAAUGCUCAUCUUCUUCUCGGAAAGCGAGAAGCGCGGUCUGUCAGCAUAA